AAAAAAAAAGCAGCAACGGGAGCAGCAGUGCAAACGUAUAAUGCGGCGUGGCUUCUUUUUUUUAAAUGUGCCUUACCCAGAAAGGUGAAGGCGCACCGAACAGGCUACCCCCUCCCAUGAGGGGUUUAUCCGCAUAUGGAUUGUAUUGCAAUGCAUUGUAUGCGUAGCAAAAUGCCGCGCGGCAGUUUCAAAAAAAGAUUUUCACAAUACGCACAGCAUACAAAUAUAUGGUGGGAAAAAUGCAUUUUUUUAACCGAACAGUAUACGUGCAUAUGUAACUGUAACGCGCGCAACAGCUGUUGACGCAGGGAGGCAUUUCACCAUAUACAUAAAUAUGCAUAAAUAUGCAUAUAUAUACAUAUACAUACGUAUGUAUUAUACCCACCUUGGCAGUGCCAACAGGCGGCGCAAAAAAUAAACAAAAAAGUUUCCCCCGUUUUAUUUGCGCAAAAAGCAGAAUAAAAAAAGAGCAAAAAAAAAAAAUAAUAGUAAAGAAAUAAAAAAAAAAAAAAGAUAAAAAAAAGGAUUUUUUUUUUAAUUUAAAAAGCCAAACAACACUCCGCAUGGCAGAGCAAGCCAUUUCUCAUGUCAGCGCUCGUCGAAAGGUGAAAAGUGAAAAGUAAAAGCGAUAAGCAGAUUGCGGCCAAAAGAACGUUUGCCUAGGGGCCACGCGCAAUUCUGUAUACAUAUACGUUCAUACAUACGCUUGUACAUAUACGUAGCACAGCAAACGCGCAAUAAUAUAUGCCAUACGCGUAGUUGGUACCCGCGGCGCAGCUGGCCCCCGCUUGGCGUUUAGCAGAUUCGCUUCGUAUUUUGCGAGCCGCGAAACCGACCAAGUGGGAUCCCCCCAAAGUUAUCCCCACUCGCAGAUUGUACCCAGAAGAGGUGAAAGAUUAAAAAAAAAAAAAAAAAAAAAAAAGAGAAUAUCAAAAUGGGAGCAUACAAGUAUAUUCAAGAAAUAUGGAAGAAAAAGCAGUCGGAUGCGAUGCAUUUCUUGCUCCGUGUUAGAACAUGGGAGUACAGGCAACUGCCAGUAGUGCACCGAGUGUCGAGACCGAGCAGGCCCGACAAAGCCAGGCGACUAGGCUAUAAGGCACUCCAGGGAUUCGUCAUAUACCGAGUGAGAGUCAGAAGAGGAGACAGGAAAAAGAGAGUGAGAAAGGGAGUAGUGCACGGAAAGCCAAAGCAUCAAGGUGUUCAUAAGCAGAAGUCUACCAGAAACUUAAAAAGUGUUGCAGAGGGAAAGGUAGGAAAAAGCAUCUGUGGAAACCUGAGGGUUCUAAAUAGCUACUGGGUUGGACAGGACGCUGUGUAUAAAUAUUAUGAGGUUAUUCUGGUUGACCCUAUGCAUAAUGCUGUGCGAAACAACCCCAAAAUCAAUUGGAUUUGUAACCCAGUACAUAAGCAUAGAGAAUUGAGAGGACUGACGUCUGCUGGUAAGAAGUACAGAGGACUCCGUGUAAAGGGACACCUGUCAGCCAAGAGCAGACCUUCCAUCAGGGCCAACUGGAAGAGAAGGCAGUUAAUUAAAUUGAGAAAAUGUAGAUGAUCGCUCGGUAUGUAGGUGCCUAUGUGAGGGGUGGAAAUGCAGCGGGUGCGAGGCGUAAAAGAAUGGGGGAGCAGUGAGGAAGGGAAAGAAACCGAAACGAGACCAGCCCGAAAGGUACCCAGAACAGAUGCGUGGCGAAAGUGCCAACGGCGAUUGUAAGAAAAAACUCCCACCCGCAUUCCCUAUCUUUAAUUAAAAGUUUUUUCAAAUUUUUUUUCCAUGCGAGAAGAUGGCCCGUUUCGGUAAGCCGACUGACCCCUGCACGCGCGGACAUGCGCGCUGUGUUUGUGCAAAUAUAUGCGCAUGCAUAAGCACACAGACCAGUGCAUGUACGUAUGUAUCUACCUAUGUGUGUAAAGACCACCCCGGCUGUGUAAACCCCCCCCUUGCGUACACCUGUGCGCUGCGUUUCAGAGGGGCCACCUCCUUUUUGUUACGUGUACGCAUGCCUUGCCUGAACAGAGACCUUCGCCACUGCCCCCGCUCGAAAAAUAAAAAAACGAUUUUUUAAAAACACCA